CUGAGCAGACCUACUGCCAUAAGAAAUUGAGGAAGUCGGUGUGGUUUAGUGAAGUGUUGUAAUUUGUGAAGAAGUCGGCAGGUUUUAGUUCUGAUAAUUUUGACAACCAAGGAAUAACUUGCAGAAGAAUUGUUUUAACCGAAUACUUUUAAUUUUCAUCUAAUAUCAUGGCACCUACAAUAAAUGACUCGAACAAUGAAACGGUAGAUGUCCAAGCACUUCUGCGGCAAUGGGAGGAGGAGCACCAUGCAGCAAAUUACGAUCCAGUUCCUCUUCUUACAAAGUUGGCAGAGUUAAUAGAAAUUGAAACUGAUAAUUAUAACAAAAUGGAUCCAGACCCAUUUGAUGAAAGACAUCCGAGUCGAGCUGACCCCAACUGUGCGUUGGGCCACAUGCUCAAAGUCCUCUUUCGCAAAGACAGUUUCAUGAACAAGCUGGUAAAUGACUACCUCAGAGAGAACUACUACUCUAGACUUGGUAUCACAGGCCGGGAUGUGAACAAGCUAAAUGUGACAGCCUGUAGACUCAUGAUUGACCUAUUACCAGGUCUAGAAACAUCAGCAGUUUUUGAAAGUCCAGCGAAUGAUGCACUUGUCCAAAGACUGUUCUCAUGGGCAGAGAAAUCAUCGGAGCCCCUGCAGACAUACGCAACUGGUCUAUUGGCAGCGGCCAUGGACGUUCAGGACAUUGCAGCUGGAUUUAGAGAACAAAAUGGAAAACUGGUACCACUUAUGUUAGAGAGGCUCCAUGGCUUACAAUUAGAAGCAAAUAAAGAGAGGCAUCAUAACUCCAGCAGACCAUUCGCUCACCUAAACAACUUGGAAAAUGGCGUCGUUCAUACGUCUGAGAAUACUCCAAAGAAAAAAAAUUCUGCAAAUAACCAAAAUAAAAUAUUUAAAAAUUGCCUCUCACCACCGCCUCCUGAUGAGAUAUCCAGAAGUGUUCAUGAGACCCCGCCCAAGAUGAAUGGACCGAAGAGACCUGUAGAACCAGAAACACGGCGCAAGAGUGUGGAGAAUUCAUGGGAUCCAGUUAGUCCGGUACGAGCCAGUCUCAUGUCUCCUCCUCUCCCUCGUCCUUCUCCCUUCCACGUCUCUGACUGCAGCAACUCAUCCUGGGCAGAGCUUGAGCCCUUCGUCAUUGGAAACGUCCAGAUGUUCCCUCCAACCCUCGCUACCAGACAAUACUUCAUAUUGAAGUAUCUAACACCAAUGGGGGAGUAUCAAGAAUUUCUUAGCCACGUUUUUGAAAAAAAUGCAUUAGAGCUUAUCCUACAAAUCAUGAAUCUUCGAGAAUCCAGAAAUUCAAGAUUAUCAUUUGAAGCUCUGAAGUAUUUAGCUUCCCUUCUGUGUCACAAGAAAUUCUCCAUAGAAUUUAUCAACAUGCAAGGCCUUCAGAGACUACUGGAGGUGCCGAGACCCAGUAUUGCCGCUACCGGAGUGUCCAUAUGUCUCUAUUACCUGGCGUAUUGUGAAGAUGCCUUGGAGCGAGUGUGUUUGCUGCCCCAUCAUAUCUUAGCGGAUCUAGUGAGCUAUGCAUUAUGGUUGUUGGAGUGCUCUCAUGAUUCUGGCCGAUGUCACGCAACAAUGUUUUUUGGAUUCUCCUUCCAGUUUCGAAUAAUUUUAGAAGAAUUUGAUGUUCAAGAUGGCUUGAGAAAAUUGUAUAAUGUUAUGAGUACGCUGCCAAUACUAGCGGUCGAGGACGAUGCAGCUCUCAAUGAGGACGAGGAGUGUUCAGCACGACAAAUAGUGAGACAUGUCUGUGUCGCACUCAAGCGCUAUCUGGAGGCUCACCUGCAUAUCAAGGCUGAGUAUGUCCGGCGAGUCCACAUGAGAGAGAAUGCUAGCGAGACAUCGCACAUGAAGAUACCCGCCACCCUACCCAGCUACAAGGCUUUCAAAAGUAGCCCUGAAGAUGUUCAGGAGCAAAUAAACACCUUAUUGGAGCUGAUGUCGUUCAGAGCUCAGUGGACCCCUGUAGACGAACUGAUGCGUCUGGGCGGUAUAACGUUACUUCUUCAAGUCAUUGCUUUUGCCUAUGAGUGGAACUAUUCUGGCAGAGCGGAGACUGUACGCAGCGCGCUGGAAGUGUUGUGCAUAUGUGCUGUGAUGCCUCGUGUACAACUGCACUUGUGUGAGAGAGUGGAUUUGCCAGAUGAAGCGAUGACGGUGGGCCUGAAUGUUAUCCUGGGUGCAGCUGAGGGGGAGAUUGUGCAAGAUCCAGAUGUCCAGCGGGCUGCACUUAGUGUGCUUAUCACUUGUGUCUGUGCGCCCAUUCAUCGGGUUGGAGGAAUGAUUGGCAAGUUUUCUUCAACUGGAUCAGUGAAAAAACGAACUCAAAAUAUCCGCAGCAGCGAAGAAGUCAUUGAGAAAAUGUGGGACUGUGUUCGCUCCAACAAUGGCAUUAUGGUUCUGUUGACAUUAAUGAUGGUGAAGACUCCUAUCACAGAUGCAGACUCUAUCAGGGGCUUGGCUUGCCGUGCUCUGGUCGGGCUGGCUCGCAGUGAGACUGUCAGGCAGAUUAUCAGCAAGUUGCCUUUAUUCAGUAAUGGUCAGCUCCAAAGCUUAAUGAGGGAUCCGAUAUUACAAGAUAAACGUCAAGAACAUGUAAUUUUCCAAAAAUAUGCGUUAGAACUUCUCGAGAGAGUCUCUGGUAAAAGUAAGCCAAAUGGAAAUGAGCUUGAAGUUUCUCUGCAAAACAUACAUCGGGCUAAUGUAAUUGCACAAACACACAUCCAAUUCAAUGAGAAGCAACUGUUCCAACUGAUACAACAACACCUGCUGAGCCAUGGGAUGGUAGAAUCUGCUGCAGCACUGCAGGCAGAAGCAAACCUUCCUGCUCUGAAACCCCCCACCAACACCCCUGUCCCGGCACCAUUCAGUUACAAACAGUACAAUACCACUCCAGUCAGAAAUAGAUCAUCAUUGAUGAGCCCCCAUCCCCUGCAGAAAGUGGUGAUGGCUAGCAGUCAGACGUCAGACUUGGCAUCCCCUUCUACCAGUCCCCUGGGAGCAGGCUACAGUGUGCGAGGUGGAGCCUCUACUCCUUUAACGUCCGGUCCCAUUCGGCUAAAUCUCUCCAACAGAAAGACAGACAGCAGAGUGGUGCCAAAUGCUUGUCGGUCCCUACAGAAGCAGAUAUGUUGUGACAACCAGCCUUUGCCGUCAGCACCUGGCACCUUACCUUUCCUGAAGGAGUGUCAUGUGACUCUCGACUCAAUCAUCACAGAGUACCUCACCAACCAGCACGCACUGUGCAAGAAUCCAAUGGUCACAUGCCCUCAGUUCAACCUGUUUGUGCCUCACAAGUGUCCUGAUCCCAAGCCGAGGAAUGCUAUACCUGCUAACUUCGCCAUGAGACUGAUGAGAGGCACGCCGUCUCGGAGGUUAAACAACCGUCUUGUACAUUCUAGGUUCUGCCCUGUGAAGACGUUUCGAUUGGGUGAAGAUGAUGGCUUUUUUACAUGCUGUGAAUUUAUUGGUAAAGACAGACAACUUAUUGUUGGAACGCACCAAGGAGAAAUCAAGAUUUUCAACUUACAUUCAGGAUCUGAAGAAGCGACAUUCCAGUGCCACGAAUCGUACAUUUCAAGGCUAGAAAGUAAUAAAGAUGGAACAUUGCUUCUUUCUUCAUCAACCUGGAGGAGACCUCUUUCAGCUUUGUGGAGUGUAAAUAGUUUAUUUGAACAGAAAUUUGCGAUGGAUGAAGAAGAACAUGUGGAAUUCAGUAAACUAGCUCAAGAUCGUGUUAUUGGAACAAAAAGUGAACAUGCUACUGUGUAUGACAUAGCCACUGGAAAGAAACUGUUUACAUUAACGCCAACACUGUCCAAUCAGUAUACAAAAAAUCGAGCCACCUUCAAUCCAACUGAUGAAUUAAUAUUGUCAGAUGGUGUAUUGUGGGAUGUUUCUUCAGGGAAACAAAUCCACAAAUUCGACAAGCUGAAUCAAACACUCAGUGGUGUAUUUCAUCCUAAUGGCCUUGAGGUGGUGUCUAACACAGAAGUGUGGGAUCUGAGGACAUUCCAUCUAUUGCGUACUGUGCCUUCCCUAGAGAGGUGCGAGGUGCUGUUUAACACCUUUGGUACCAUUCUCUACGCCAUCUCAAUGGAGCAAGAGAUGGAAGAGGAUACCUCUCAUGAGUCUUCCUUCAAAACACUGGAUGCUAGUGAUUAUGCCAAUAUAGCUACAAUUGAUGUAAAAAAGAACAUCUAUGAUCUGGCCAUCAACCGUAUCGACACUCAGAUAGCAAUAGUUGAGAAUCAAGGGAUGUUCGACAGUGUGCAAGAAUCCAUCAUUAGACUCUACGAUGUGGGCAGAAGACGAGACGAUGAGGACGAAGUAGAGGAUGAAGAAGAUGAUGAAGAAAUGGGCAGCGAUGGCUCAGAUAUGGACAACAGUGAUGAUCCAGAUGUUACUGAGGAGAACGGACCAAAUUUACAGAACUUAAUUGAUGAGCUUGUACGCGAAGAAGAACAGAGUCUAGAAAAUGGAGGUGCAGCAGGAGGAGGUGAGGAGGGAAGUAACAAUGAGGAAGACAGUGCAGCAUCAUCAGAGGACAAUGAUGAUGACGACGAUAGUGACAGUGAUGAUAUUGAAGCCAUAGACAUGAAUCUUUCUGAUGAAAGUGACUCAUCGGGGGAAAGUGAUGAUGACCUUUCUUCAUAGUGGAACAUUGUAAAUAUAUCAAUGAAAACUAAGGGCACUAAGUUUAACUUGGGCACACUGUAUCAUUUUUACUGUAUAAUACAUUUUUUAAGUAAUUUUAAA